AUGAGCAUUGUUGUUUGUUCGUCAGACGAGCGAGUGGGCAACCUGGCCGUGGUGGUGUCGGACCCGUCCGUGGUGCAGACGCUGCGGUCGCAGCUGACGUGGAUCGUGCGCGGCAUGUACUCCAACCCGCCCGCGCACGGCGCGCGCGUCGUCACCAACGUGCUCGCCAACAAACAACUCUUCGACGAAUGGAAGGACCACAUCAAAGCUAUGUCGUCCAGGGUGACGGCAAUGAGAGAGGCUUUGAGGGCUGAACUUGUCAAACUCGGUACACCAGGCAAUUGGGACCACAUUGUCAAGCAGAUCGGUCUGUUCUCCUACACCGGGUUGACCCAAAGACAAGCGGAAUACCUAAUUCAAGAAUACCACAUAUAUCUAUUGAAAUCUGGCCGUAUUAACGUGUGUGGGUUAAACCCAUCCAACGUUCAGUACAUGGCCAGGGCUAUGCACGAUGCCGUGACCAAAUUCCCCAAUGAAGAGUAAUUCAUUUAUUUCUUUUAUUACGUGUAUGGUGCGCCUUAUAUGUGUAAUUGAGUAAAUUGACGAAGAAUGUCUAAACUGACAUAAUUUUGCUGGUUGAUUUUAAACCUUGUUUAAAUGCGUUAAGGCCAGUUUUUGUAUUGAUUUGAUUGCGGUUAUGACAAUAGCGAUCCGUGUAGCGAUGUGUUUGUAAAUGAAAAUCAAUUUUAUAAUCUUAGCAGUAAGGAUAUUUUUUUUAUUAUUUUUAUAGAGCACGAGGGAAAUUGAACCUAACUGUUGUUGAAAACAAAGUUCAAUUUUGCCUGAAUGUUAUAUUUUGUCAACUUACUUUAUUAUUGUUAUAAGUGCGUACCAUACGUGAAGGUCGAAGGUUUUGUGGGCGUCGGUGAAUGGUUGUUCGAAGUAAAACAUUUAUAUAACAUGUUUUAUACCACGAUACAUUUAUUUUCAUUAAAUUGGCCGUUUUUCGAAUGCAAUUUCACUACAAAAACAAUUAUUUCCUAGGUACAAAUCUAUCAGGUAGGUAGAACAAAAAAGAUCAGAGGACUUAGUACGAGUUUUUUUACGUUAAAAGUAAUCGUGACAAGACCGCGUUCGGCGCUCUGAUUGGCCGGCGCCAAUGA